AUGGAGUUCUAUGAACCCUAUCAUGAUCGUUUCAGCUCUAAAACUCACGAUCACCAAGUCACCAAACCCCUCGACCUUUUCCCAAACGAGCCUCUACCACUAAUAAGUUGUUUGCAUCGUUCACCUGAACCAGCAGCAUCUAAAUCUAAUAGCCAUUAUGAUCAUCGAAACCCUAAUAAUAAUAAACCACGUAGAUCAGACGAUGAAAAUGACGAUGUCACUGUGGCUUUGCACAUUGGUCUUCCGGAAUACUACUCAUCAGAAUCAGACCAUGCAGGCAUCAUCACGAACCCGAAUAAUAUUGAAACUGCAGCACUGUCAAACGACGUCGUCACAGUCCAGGAGUACUGGAUUCCAACUCCAGAACAAAUACUCGUUGGCUUCACUCACUUUUCUUGCCAUGUUUGCUUCAAAACAUUUAACCGCUACAACAAUCUUCAGAUGCACAUGUGGGGGCAUGGAUCAGAGUACCGAAGAGGGCCAGAGUCGCUCAAGCAGCAGGUAAGUCAAUCGCGGGUGAUGCUAGGAAUACCAUGCUAUUGUUGCGCAGAAGGGUGUAAGAACAACAAAGAGCACCCGCGAGCCAAGCCCUUAAAGGACUUUCGAACACUACAAACUCACUACAAACGGAAGCAUGGGAUCAAACCCUUCACCUGUCGAAAAUGUGGCAAGCUUUUGGCUGUGAAAGGGGACUGGAGAACCCAUGAAAAGAACUGUGGCAAACGCUGGCUUUGCAUUUGUGGUUCUGAUUUUAAGCACAAAAGAUCACUUAAAGACCAUAUUAAAGCCUUUGGUUCUGGUCAUACCCCCUUCCCACCUACGUCGUCCUUUUAA